GGGUGGCAGGCUAAGUCCGUCUAAGAACACGUGACGCUGGUCUCAGCUCGUCAGCUUGCGGCCGCAGCUGCCAUCUUUGUAGGCGCUGGCCUAAGAACAGUCGGAGAAUGGAGGUCGGCCGAGGGGGUCCGCGCCGUAGCUUUUCCUCAGAGGACUUCAAGCACCCGGGAUGAAGAAGCUGGAGGAGACGAGGCGCUUUAAUGAAGAUCACACGGCGUCGGAAAGGCACUGCAGGACAUGAGUCAGCAAGGAGGCUUCCUCUGGUUUUCAACAACAAAACACACCGCACAGCCUCAUGAGUCGGCCUGGUGAACUUCCAUCAUGGAUUUAACAAAGGUGGGCAUGAUCCAGCUGCAGAACCCCAACCACCCCACGGCGCUCCUCCACAAGGCCAACCAGAUGCGCCUGGCGGGGACGCUGUGCGACGUGGUCAUCAUGGUGGACAGCCAGGAGUUCCACGCCCACCGGACCGUGCUGGCGUGCACCAGCAAGAUGUUCGAGAUCCUCUUCCACCGCAGCAGCCAGCACUACACCUUGGACUUCCUCUCGCCAAAGACCUUCCAGCAGAUUUUGGACUACGCCUACACCGCCACGCUCCAGGCCAAGGUGGAGGACCUGGACGACUUGCUGUACGCAGCCGAGAUCCUGGAGAUCGAGUAUUUGGAGGAGCAGUGCCUGAAAAUCCUGGAGACCAUCCAGUCGUCGGACGAGAACGACGCGGAGGCGGGCGCCAACGACGGCAGCACGGAGGAGGACGAUGAGCGCAAAGGCCACAAUGGAGUCAAGAACUCCAAAAAGCAUUCCAUGGAGAGUUUCUACCUGUCGGGCGCGGACCACGUCUCCGCCAUGUCCGGCAUGCUGGACCAGAGCCCGUCCGUCUCCACGUCCUUCGGCGUCGCCAACCUGAGCCCCACCAAAGCCGCCGUGGACAGCCUGAUGAGCAUCGGCCAGUCCCUGCUCCAGCAAGGCUUCGGGGGCGAUCACAUCAACGCCCACCACCUCAUGAGCGAGAUCAAGACGGAAAUGAUGCAGGUGGACAUGGGGGGCAACGGCCACCACAGCCCCCACCACAUGGAGUCCGGCGGCUCCAGCAACGGCGAGAGAAGCGGGGAGGACCGGAACCGAGACGGGCCGGGGACGCCCACCAGGAGCAGCGUCAUCACCAGCGCCCGCGAGCUCCACUACUUGCGCGACGACGGCAUGGGCGACCCUCAAGCCGAAGUCAGCCAGAUGGGUCUGGAAGCCAUGGCCGGGAUGGCGGAGAAACACCUGGCCUCCCUCUACUCCCUCCCCGUCAACCAUAAAUCCGACGCCAUCAUGUCCAUGCCGGUCUCCAUGGCCUCCGCUCUGCCGAUGUCGCCCGCCUUGGCCAUGUCGGUGGACUUCAGUGCCUACGGCGGACUCCUGCCUCAGAGCUUCAUCCAGAGGGAGUUCUUCAGCAAGCUGGGCGAGCUGGCGGUGGGCAUGAAACCCGACGGGAGGAACCAGCACGAGCGCUGCAACGUGUGCGGUGCGGAACUUCCGGAUAACGAGGCUGUGGAGCAGCACAGGAAGAUGCACAGCGGGAUGAAGACCUACGGCUGCGAGCUGUGCGGGAAGAGCUUCCUGGACAGCCUCCGUCUACGCAUGCAUCUGCUGUCCCAUUCAGCUGGCGACAAGGCCAUCGUGUGUGACCAGUGCGGCGCCCAGUUCCAGACCGAGGAGUCCCUGGAGGCCCACCGGCAGAUCCACACCGGGUCGGACAUGGCCAUCUUCUGCCUGCUCUGCGGGAAGCGUUUCCAGACCCAGCCGGCGUUGCAGCAGCACAUGGAGGUCCACGCCGGCGUCCGCAGCUACAUCUGCAGCGAAUGCAACCGGACCUUCCCGAGCCACACUGCGCUCAAACGCCACAUACGCUCGCACACAGCCGGGGACCACCCGUACGAGUGCGAGUUCUGCGGGAGCUGCUUCCGCGACGAGAGCACGCUGAAGGGCCACAAGCGCAUCCACACCGGCGAGAAGCCCUACGAAUGUAACGGCUGCGGCAAGAAGUUUAGCCUCAAGCACCAGCUGGAGACCCACUACCGCGUGCACACAGGUGAGAAGCCAUUCGAGUGCAAGCUGUGCCACCAGCGAUCCAGGGACUACUCGGCCAUGAUCAAGCACCUGCGCACCCACAACGGCGCCUCGCCCUACCAAUGCACCAUCUGCCUGGAGUACUGCCCCAGCCUGUCGGCCAUGCAGAAGCACAUGAAGGGCCACAAGCCCGAAGACGUCCCCCCUGACUGGCGCAUAGAGAAGACCUACCUGUACCUCUGCUACGUCUGAGAGGGGCUUUGGAGAAGAGAGGUGGCGGAGUGGGCUUGGAUGGGGAGGUUGGAGGAGGAGAAUGUAUCGAAGGCUGCGUUGACGACGUGGAAGCGUCCAAAGACUUGUCUUGCGAAAGAGGCAAACGACGACUAAAAGGAAGGUUGGUCAGGGAGACGCGUCCGCCGUGUAGUUCGGAAUCAUCGGGUCAUUGCCCCACCUUGUGUUGUUACUGUGUUAUUAUUUCAGGUUGGCAGGGAGGCGUUGCUGCUAGCAGUGUCGGCAGAUUCUCAAGGGCUAUCUGAACCGCCAGCAAACUGGUCGUAGAUUCCUUCGUCGUCGUCGUCGUCCGCUUCCAUUACCCGUCACAUAAAAAAAUUAAAAAAAGAUGUGAAUCUUACGAAGUUCAUCACAGUGAUGGACCGCUUUGUGUUUGUCGUAGUUGCAGUCGGCAACUAAGAACGUCUCUCGGCAGAGGCCGGGUGAUUUUGAGUUGUGUACUUUCUAUGAUAGACGCUAUGAAUUUAGAGAAAAUCUCGGAAAAUACCGCAAAAAAAAAAAAAAUGCUAUCGUAUAUUCUGAGCCCCUCCACAAAAGUUUUGUGGUAAUCUCUUAAAAUGUUUUGUUGUUCAUCCUGCUUAAAAAGUGUUCAUGCAUUAUUCACUGAAAAGCUUAAGGAAAAUGUCAAAAAGUGCCCUUACGACAACAACCCCCGGAUGCGCUCCCUUGCGCGUAUCCGCACCGAAAUUUAAUUUGUUCUUCCUCGACCUAUGUCCUACCUUUAUGCAAAGUUUUGUCGUACUCAGUCGAGUCGUUUUUGUGUAGUCGGCAAAAAAGAAAACUGAGUCACCCUCAAAAAAAAACGGACGUUUUGAAUUGUGGCAGUUCCUGUUCUGUUCGUGUUCAAACAAAACCCCAAUUUCCUGUGCGUCGGUAACUGGAACGUCACUCCGUAGAGAGCAAUUAUACAUUUUGAUACACAACCCUUCUUUUUACUUACGUCUAAAUUUCAUGCAUUAGUUAGUUUAAGAAGGAAAAUGUGUAAAAGUGCCCUUACAAUAAGAAUCCAAUGUAGUCAUUCCGUAUCUGCACCAAAAUUCAAUUGAGUCUUCCUUAAUUUAUGUUCCACCUUUAUGCCAAGUUUGGUCGAAAUCGCUGAAGUCGUUUUUGCGUAGCGCGUACAAGCAGAUCCAAGUUCCUGUUCCUGUUAAAAACGUAAGCACAAACUUCUUGUCACUCCAACCGACUGCGGACUUCCACCAAGGCAGAUUUGAACUCCUUCAAUCAUAUCCAUACCAAAUUUGAGUUUGUUCUUCCUUGACCCGUGUUCCACCUUUAUGCCAAGUUUUGUCAUACUCAGUCAAGUCGUUUUUGUGUAGUCGGCAAAAAAGAAAACUGAGUCACCCUCAAAAAAACGUACGUUUUGAAUUGUGGCCGUUUCUGUUCUGUUCGUGUAUAAACAAAACCCCAAUUUCCUGUGCGUCGAUAACUAGAACGUCACUCCGUAGAGAGCAAUUAUACAUUUUGAUACACAACCCUUCUUUUUACUUACGUCUAAAUGUCAUGCAUUAGUUAGUUUAAGAAGGAAAAUGUGUAAAAGUGCCCUUACAAUAAGAAUCCAAUGUAGUCAUUCCGUAUCUGCACCAAAAUUCAAUUGAGUCUUCCUUAAUUUAUGUUCCACCUUUAUGCCAAGUUUCGUCGAAAUCGCUGAAGUCGUUUUUGCGUAGCGCUUACAAACAGAUCCAAGUUCCUGUUCCUGUUAAAAACAUAAGCACAAACUUCUUGUCACUCCAACCGACUGCGGACUUCCACCAAGGCCGAUUUGAACUGCUUCAAUCAUAUCCGUACCAAAUUUGAGUUUGUUCUUCCUUGACCCGUGUUCCACCUUUAUGCCAAGUUUUGUCAUACUCAGUCAAGUCGUUUUUGUGUAGUCGGCAAAAAAGAAAACUGAGUCACCCUCAAAAAAAAACGGACGUUUGAAUUGUGGCAGUUCCUGUUCUGUUCGUGUUCAAACAAAACCCCAAUUUCCUGUGCGUCGGUAACUAGAACGUCACUCCGUAGAGAGCAAUUAUACAUUUUGAUACACAACCCUUAUUUUUAAUUACGUCUAAAUUUCAUGCAUUAGUUGUUUAAGAAGGAAAAUGUGUAAAAGUGCCCUUACAAUAAGAAUCCAAUGUAGUCAUUCCGUAUCUGCACCAAAAUUCAAUUGAGUCUUCCUUAAUUUAUGUUCCACCUUUAUGCCAAGUUUUGUCGAAAUCGCUGAAGUCGUUUUUGCGUAGCGCGUACAAGCAGAUCCAAGUUCCUGUU